AAAAUAAAUUUGGUGCGCAUUUGGUCCUAAGCGUUUGGUAAUCAGUUGGGUCGCUGUUUGAUGACGUAUUUGACAUUGGUAUGGAGCACUGGUGAAAAGUUGCUAACUAGCUAGCUUGUAAGGUCCAACCUCUGAGGUAUAAUAAGAAGGGUCCAUCCAUCCAUGGCUCUUAUUUCAAGAUCAUGCAGUGGGUUCCUCGCACAACUGUCAUCACUGACGCAUCACAAGGCUUUCAGUGUGUCAACAGCCGCAGCAGCCAUCCAGAAAAUGACCAGGGUUCGUGUUGUUGACAACAGUCCACUGGGUAGUACCCCAUGGCACCGUUCCCCUAGAGUCAUCCACGUGUACACCAAGAACGGAGUGGGCAAGGUGGGCGACCGCGUUCUGCUGGCCAUCAAGGGAGGGAAGAAAAAAGCUCUCAUCGUUGGUCACAAGAUGCCCGGAGAGCGCAUGAACCCGCGUUUUGACUCCAACAACGUUGUCCUGAUUGAAGACAACGGUAACCCUACGGGAACUAGAAUUAAGGUUCCACUACCGACACACUUGCGUAAAAUGGAAGGAGACUAUUCCAAACUGUUGGCCAUCGCUAGCCGGUUUGUGUAGUUCUGUAACAGGGCGGCAUGGCUAGUGGUUAGAGCGUUGGACUAGUAACCAGAAGGUUGCAUGUUCAAAUCCCCUAGCUGACAAGGUACAAAUCUGUCGUUCUGCCCCUGAACAGGCAGUUAACCCACUGUUCCCAGGCCGUCAUUGAAAAUAAGAAUUUGUUCUUAACUGACUUGCCUAGUUAAAUAAAGGUAAAAUUAAAAACAGAAUGUUAAUCGUUGUGAUGACAGCCGUCGUGUCCUCACACAGGAUCAAGUCUAUGGAGGUGAUUCCUAGCACAUUUUCACGUAGUCUCCCAUUGACAUCAACGUACGACUAAGUGAAACAUUUGACUUUUAAGUGGGCUGUGUGCCCCUAUGUUAGCCAAUGGAAAUCUCUCCAAAUGUCUCUCCACAUGUUAUUGGUAAUGAAACCGUGUUGUCAAUGUAAACAGACCCUUUUUUUCUUUUCUCCACAAAGUCUCAUGUCAUUUGUUGUUUUGAUAAAUAAAGUUUACAUUAUUCAAA